AAAUAUCAUUUUUUUAAAGUAAACCUACAGUGCUACAAGAAGGGUAGAACAAACCCCAGAGAAGAAGAGAAAUGGAGGAGAAAGUAGCCUUCAAGAAUCUGCAUUGCAGAGAGUAUCAAGGUCACAAGAAGAAAGUGCAUUCUGUGGCUUGGAAUUGCACGGGCACCAAGCUUGCUUCCGGUUCCGUCGAUCAAACCGCUCGAGUUUGGCAUAUUGAGCCUCACGGUCAUGGCAAGGCUAAAGAUAUUGAAUUGAAGGGACACACUGAUAGUGUCGAUCAACUAUGUUGGGACCCUGAACAUGCUGAUCUAAUAGCAACUGCAUCUGGUGAUAAGACUGUUCGACUAUGGGUUGCUCGAAGUGGAAAGUGCUCCCAGGAAGCAGAGCUUAGCGGGGAGAAUAUAAACAUCACUUAUAAACCUGAUGGGACACACAUAGCUGUUGGUAACAGGGAUGAUGAAUUAACUAUACUGGAUGUUCGAAAAUUUAAGCCGAUUCACAGGCGCAAGUUCAAUUCUGAGGUAAAUGAAAUUGCUUGGAACAUGACCGGAGAUAUGUUCUUUUUGACAACAGGAAAUGGUACUGUUGAAGUACUUGCAUACCCAUUACUUAAACCUGUUGACACCCUCAUGGCACAUACAGCUGGCUGCUACUGUAUUGCAAUUGAUCCAACAGGAAGGUAAAUGAAAUUGCUUGGAACAUGACCGGAGAUAUGUUCUUUUUGACAACAGGAAAUGGUACUGUUGAAGUACUUGCAUACCCAUUACUUAAACCUGUUGACACCCUCAUGGCACAUACAGCUGGCUGCUACUGUAUUGCAAUUGAUCCAACAGGAAGGUAAAUGAAAUUGCUUGGAACAUGACCGGAGAUAUGUUCUUUUUGACAACAGGAAAUGGUACUGUUGAAGUACUUGCAUACCCAUUACUUAAACCUGUUGACACCCUCAUGGCACAUACAGCUGGCUGCUACUGUAUUGCAAUUGAUCCAACAGGAAGAUAUUUUGCCGUUGGAAGUGCUGAUUCCAUAGUCAGCCUUUGGGAUAUAUUGGACAUGCUUUGCGUGCGAACAUUUACUAAGCUCGAGCAAGUUUCACCUGAAUUUUGGAACUUUGUAUCAAAUUCCUUGUCGAGCCGCCAUGAAUAGUGUGGAAUGGAAUCCAAAAUAAAAUUUUCAGCCGACG